GUCUCACAGCCUCUCUCUCACACACACACAGCUCCGCGGCUCGGCUCCACCUCGCUCGGCGGGUGUGUGAAGAAGAUCCAGCCCGUUAUUUCAAGGUUAUCUCCUGCAGGAACCUCACUUUUCGGAUCCUAUGGGAAUUCUGAUAACCGCAGUUUUGCUCUGGGCUGCCGUCGGAGUGGGAAGCCGGCCAGUAACCUCACCCCUAAAUGAUGCAAAGGUUGAAUGUAUUAUUCAGGAGACGCUGAAUGAAGAUGGGUCUCCUCAUGAAUGUGGCCCUCAGCUAGCAGAGGAACUUGAUGAAGUCCAAAGACAUCAGGGUUUACUCAGGGAGCUGCAGAGGCUGGCUGGUGAUGAGAGAGACAUGGAGCAAGACGACGAGAAGGAGCAAUAUGAGUACAACCUGGCUGAUGAUGAGAGCGACUUCGAGCAGGGGGAUGAGGAGACGAAGGAGGAGAGAGACGUGACCAGCGUUCCAAAAGAGACAGAGGAAAAGAAACAAGAGAAGACAGAGGAAGACGACACCAAGAAGAUAAUGGAGGAGCCACGGAUCGAAGACAGAGGGAGGGACAACGAAGAGGAGCGAGCCAAAGAGCUUGAGGAGCUGUUAGCUGAAGAGAUCACCAAGAAAGGGAAGGAGGAGAAGAAUGAUGAGGAGCUCAAAGAACUGCUAAAGGAGCUGAAGAAGAAACGGUACGAGGCAGUGAAAGAGAGGGAGGUCCAGAAAGGCUCUGGAACAGAGCAGAAGAAAGAGGUGGAGGAGAAGAAGACAAAGGAGGACAAAGAGAAGAAGGGAGACACAGUGGAGGAUUUGGAGAAGCAGAGGAUCGAGGAGAGGAGGAAGAAUGAAGUGGAGCUGAUGGUGGAGAAGGAGAAGGUGGAGAAGGAGCUAAAGGAGCUGCUCAAAGAGCAGGACAGCAAGAGCAAGGCGGAGCAGGAGAGAAAGAGGAAGGAGAAGCAGGAGGAGCUGGACGAACUCGUCAGGAAGAUGAAACGGGUGCAGGAGGAGGAGGAACAGGAGACGCAAGGCAAGACGAAAGAGGACAGCGUGGAUGAGAAGAAAGCAGAGGACAAGCGUGAGAAGAAGGAGGGGGAUGACAACAAGGAGCCAGAUGAGAAAACAGAGAAUGAAGUCAAGAAGAAGGAGGAGGCGACAGACGUGAAGGAGCCGCAGCAGAAGAGAGUGAUGGAGAAAGCCAGCGAUGAGGCCACGCAGCAGUUUGAGAGGGAGAGGUACAAGGAUGCGGAGGAGGAGGAUGAGGACGAGGAAGAUGAGGAUGAGUACGUUAGAGAGGAUGAGGAGGGGCAGGAGGAGGAAGACGAUGAGGAGGGUGACGCAGAAGAAGAUGAAGGGGAGGAGCUGCUGGAGAUUGAAGCAGAGCUGCGCAAAGUGGCUGCAGAGCUGAGGGAGCUUCGCAGAGGAUAAGACACACAGACAUGGACACACACGCACACACACACACACACAGCGGACUGACAAAACCCUUUGUUGC